GCGAGAACCAACCGUGCACAAACCAAGACUGACUUUCUCAAUGAUGGCGCUUUUUGUUGGUCACGACGCGAUCCUCUUCAAAUUCAGGAUCAGUCACAACCAAGAUUUGACAGACCAGUCAGGAAAGAGCCUCAGGUCAAGCCAAUCGACAAGUAUGCGCCUCCUGACUACCUUACCAUCAUGUAUCACCCGACACCGACUCUAGAGGACCUGGGACUGACCAGCUAUUUGGACAGUCCCCCCUCGUCACCGAGAGCUAUGUCACCCGUCAGAGACUCUGAGCAGAUUGUGACAGCGGCAACUACCGAGUCUGAACAAACUGACAAAACAACGGCUGCAAGCUGUAAGCAGACCGAUGCAAUAACGACAACUAGUUAUAAGCAGACUGAUACAAAAGCUGCAGGCUCUAAUAUAACUGAUACAUUACUUCCUUGGAAGCUGAUAAGGAUCACCAUCCCAGAUCAGGACGUCAAGCCGGCUGUACAUCUAGAAGGAAGUCAUGUUGUUGAUCCACGUCUUCUGUUUGGGAGACGAUCAAGGGGACAACUCACUAAGAGGGAAGACAGUGUUUGUGUGGGACAAUCACACUCACAACUCGCUAACAGGGAAGGCAGUGUUUGUGACACACGCCAUGGUUUGGCUGCCUUGCAAUCUACGGCUCACCGAUCCCUGGAGUCUCAGUCGUCUGCUUUGACUAGACCAAACGAGGCAAAGAGAAAGGGGCAGGGGCCUAAUGUAGCUGAGGGACCCAAGAAAAAUUUGUGUGUCUGGUCAACAGUUGCUGAGCAGUACGUGACAGAGACUCGUCAGUCUGAUAACCAAGAGGCAAGGCGUGACGCAGCGUACAGACGCUACAGCAGUGACGGGCGUCCACGCAUGCAUCAACAGUCAUAUGACGCAGAGCGUCACCAGGCUAACAUCAAGUAUCAAACACAGCUUGCAGGAGAAGAGUCAUACGAUGAGAUGUUAGCUCAUCAGAAAGCCAGGCAUUACGAGCGGCGCCAAUACCUGAAACCUGAUUAUCAGUUUUUGAAACAGACCAAUAGCGUCAGCUACACCUUGAACACUAAUUCAGACAAGGUCCCACAAAUUUCCGGACCCGCUGUCUCUCUGGACCUGUUUGGUGGGAUGUCGCCAUUUAGUUGUUGGAAUCGGACAGUCCCGGAAGACCCGAGAUUUUCCUAACUUCCGGUCUCUCUAAUGUUGAGCUAAUCUUGGAGUCUUAACAACUUUUUAAAAAUCUGUUUCAAGGAGAUUUUAGAUCUGAACGGCUCUAAAAACUGAACUACUGUGUCUUUCAUGACUGUUUUGCUUCCUUAACAAGCAAUCUGUGAUAUUACUGUAUGCGAUAUCUGUGAUAUCGUCUGUGACGGUGAUAAACUUUACAUGUUGUCUGUGACAACGUUCUUAUCAUUACAUUGGACACUGUGUGUCCGUCACUGUCCGCAUAAAGUUAAGGACAACUUUGUUCAGAUGGAAUAUUAAUCGGCUUAAUAUAACUAAUCUGUGAUAUCGACUUUGACUGUGAUAAACUUUACAUUUUGUCUGUGACAUCGUUUUUUUAUCAUUACACUGGACACUAAGAUCCGGAUGAAGUAACCGGUCAACUUGAUUCAGAUGGAAUUUCAAUCUGCUUAAUUCUACCAAUCUGUGAUAUCGUCUGUGACAGUGAUCAACUUUACAUGAUGUCUGUGACAGUGAUCAACUUUACAUGAUGUC